UGGCGUCUGGUCUUGGUGGUUUCGGUGGUUGUGUUUUUUGCAAAAAUAAAAAUGUUGAAGUGAAAAAUCGGCGGAAAUAGUCAAAAAUCGGUUUUAACGAAUGCGUGUGCCCAGUUUGGUGUCAGUUGUGGAAGCCCAAAGUAAUAAUUAAUUUUGGUGGAAAUCGCGGGCUGAUUCGUCAAUGUCUAACCUCACUUCCAAUGUUUUUGUUUAUUGUCUCUGUUUAUUCACUUGCAUUCGACUCGCGCUAGCAAUUAGAGUGAUGAAUGAAGAGUAAUAUCAUGGCAGAAGUUGCUUCUCCAAAUAAAGAUGGAAAAGACUGCGGCUCACCUAGCAAAGACAAGUUAUUUGACCCUUCCGUUGACAUGCUUGUUAAUGACUUCGACGAUGAGCGGACUCUAGAAGAGGAAGAGGCACUAGCAGCGGGGGAAUCCGAAGACCCCAACGCGGAGCUCUCCAGCUUGCAAAAAGAGAGUAAUAUGCCAUUGGAGGAGUUGCUUGCAUUGUACGGUUAUCGUGGCGAAAAUCAGGAAAACGAGAGCCCCGUUGAGGAAGAUCCCGACCCUUCUGAACCAAUGGAAGAGCAAGAGAGCGAAACUGACCCCCCAGACCAACCCUCCAAGCUGCGAGCCCUCUACGAGAACAUCCCGGAGAAUGACCAAGACGCCGCGCGAUUAUUACGCUCCGUUUCACGCGUUAGCGAGGAAGAAGAGGAAGAUUAUGACUACAGUCCAGACGAAGACGAGUGGCGAAAGGUUAAUAAGACUAUUAUGGUUGGUAGCGAUUACCAAGCCCAGAUACCUGAAGGUUUGUGUCAUUAUGACGACGCCUUGCCGUACGAGAACGAGGACAAGCUUUUGUGGGAUCCCCUCGUUAUCAAUUCUACCGUGACGGAGGAUUUUUUGAAAAAAGCGUCCGAAAUUUCCAAGCCUCCGAUUCCGAUGGGCAGUCAUUUGCGCGACGACGAGCAAGCGUUGUAUUUGUUGCAACAGUGCGGGCACAAUGUUGAGGAGGCGUUGAGGCGCUUGCGAAUGAACGUGGCCCCAAGCAGCGAAACGAUGAGUCUUUGGUCGGAGGAAGAGUGCCGAAAUUUCGAGGCCGGGGUGCGAUGUUACGGGAAAAAUUUCCACCUAAUUCAGCAGAAUAAGGUACGUACACGGUCGGUGGGGGAGUUAGUUCAGUUCUAUUAUUUGUGGAAGAAAUCGGAACGGCAUGACAUUUUUGCGAACAAAACCCGACUGGAGAAAAAGAAAUACACCCUACAUCCGGGUCUUACUGACUUCAUGGAUAGAUUUCUGGAAGACCAGGAUGGGAGGGAUAGGAGCUCGUCCCCAAAUGUACAGUGCAGUGUCUCAGACAAUAAAAAAAGUGUCUCGGAAAAUGCCACACAACAGACGAAGCCAGACGCAUAGUCACGAUUCUAAAUUAGGCUUACUGCAAUUUUCAUUUCUCCAUCAUGCAAGCUCGAUUUUAAUGUUCCUCUUUUACAUUCACUUCACGGAACGCAAAUUUUAUUUAUCUAUAUUUUUAUAUUUACAUAUUUCACCAAAAUGAGCGAAAUUUUAUUUUAUACACUUAUACAUUAUGUAAAUACGAUUUUAUUUAUACAUUACUCUAAACCACUUUACAGUUUUGUGUACAGUUUUAUGCCGCGUAAUUUCAUUGUUCGCGCAAGACAUCGCGCCUGACCAGUAUACAACACACAAUACAUUUCAAAAUGUGAAUUUUUGGGUUGCAUUCCCCCAAGUCAGGCGCGUAGACUCACGUGACAACGAAACAUACAGGCUGUCUUAACGAUCCGAAAAACGUCCAUAACUUGUUUAUUAUUUGUGAUACUGACUUUUUCUUUUUUUAGUUGAUAGCUGCGUUUCUCCUGCAUAUUUUAAAAAUAUUGCAAUAAAUACAGGCUGUCCCAAUAUUAAAAAAAACACUAAAGGUUUUAUGUUUUUUUUAUGGAACACCCUAAAUUUUAUUGCAUUUUUGGAUGUAGCUUUUAAUACUGAUGAUUUUAUGUCAACUUGUAUUGGUUGAUUUUGCUGAGCUUUUGAAAUAAUUUGAUUUAUUGACAAAAACAUGCUUUUAAAAAAUAUUACACAAAAACUAAGAAUCCUAGAAAAGUAGGAACCUCACCACUUUAAUGGGAAAAGUUCAAAGUUAAAUCUUUAUCAAUUGUUUAGCGCAUUGCACUUAAAAACGUAGAAAAAUUAAGAGGUUUGUUAAAAGUUGAAUAAUUUGAAAAAGUUAAAUUGAACACCCUAUUUUUUGUUUUUGUUUAUCUUAAAACAUAAAGUUUAAAAUGCCUAAAUUUAAUAACUAAAAAGACUUUAAUGUUAAUUUCAGCAACAAUGCACAUUAUUCAUGAGCAUUGUUGCUACCUCAGUAAACCAUACCAUAACAAUAAUUUGUUGGAGUUUACACUGAGAUUUGAAAGUAAAGGUAACAUUGAAGUUAUUAUUAACUAAAAAUUUCACUUUUCGACUACUGAGACAAUAGUUAAUAAUUUUUUUUAAUACUUAAAGUUAAAUAUCUUUGGAGUAAACAAUAAAAGAUACUUAACUAUUAGUAUUUUUAAAGAGACAAUUUACAGUCUUUUAGAUGCAAAAAUAAAAAAUAUUUAAAUUAUUCAACAUUCAAAGAACCUCUAUUUUUUUUCUUGAUUGUAAUGAGUUUAAAAAAUGAUAUCCCAUAAAUUCUUCUUUAAAAUAAUGAAAGUUUUACUUUUCUAGAAUUCAUAGUUUUUAUGUUUUAAACUUUUUAAAAAAGCAUGUUUUCGUCAAAAAAAUAAAAAUUAUUUCAAAUAAGUAAAAUUGACAAAUAAUUGUCAAUUGACAAAUUGACAAUAACAAAUAAUAUCAGUAUGAGAAGCUACAACCAAAAAUUAAAAAAAAAUUUUUGGCGUUUUGAAAAAACAUAACUUUAGUGUUUUUUAAUAUUGGGACACCUGUAUAUAUACCGCAAUAUUUUUUAAAUGAUGAUUUAAAAAAGAGAAAAAGUCAUCAUCCUUAAUAAUAAACAAGUCAUGGGCUUUUUCGGAUCGUUGGACAGCCUGUGUAUUAUGUUUUAGGUUUCUUCAGUACAUACGUAAUUUAAGUUUUAAAUUAGUGUAAUAAACUAGAGAAUUUGGCACAUUUUUGGACCAUAAUGGGUUAUUAUUAUGCAUAUAGUUUUUUUCUUCAAAUCAAGAGGCAAUUAGGUGGUGACUGCUGGGGCAGGUCCAUGUGUUAUUGCACAAGUACUUAAAUAACUUCAACUCGUAGUCUAGUCGGUUUGAGAAGUCAGUUUUCUUGGUUGCGUCUUGAUUUGGAAUUUUGGUCCAUAAAUGUCAGUUUGUGAAAUUUUAAUUAUAAGAGUGGUAAAGUGGGCAUAUUUUUACAUCUAAUUGUUUUUGUACAAACUAUAAUUCUAAUAAUUAGGAUAGAGAUUAUAAAAUCUUGCAAAGGUUGAAUUCGACAUACAAUUUCGUUUCCUCUCGUACUAGAGUCAUUUAUUUUUUAAAAUAACUGUUUGUAAUUUGGCAAAAACUGGACGGACAAUUUUAAUUUCCUGUGAAACACUGUUAUAUUUUUUAGAUAUAUGGAAAUAUUUUUAUUGCUUUGUGAGACUUUAUCAAAUGAAUAAAUAAAAAUCUAUUUUUAUUAAUA